AACUAAUAUACCAGAUGAUAUAGGAGCCUACAUAAAGCAGCGCGCGGUGUCGCAGCCAUAUGAAGCGUAAAAGAUGACUCUGCGAGGUAAAGUGGCUCUCGUUACGGGCGGUGCGCAAGGUAUCGGUAGAGCCGUCGCAGAAAGCCUUCUGAAGAAUGAAGCAAAGGUUGCACUUGUUGACUUGAAUCAAAGUGUCGGAGAGGAAUGCAAGAAUAUUUUAAAUGGAGAGUUUGGAGAUGGGAACUGCAUUUUCAUUCAGUGUGACGUGACGGACAGAUUGAAACUUAAAGAUGCUUUUCAAAGUACAGUCGACCGGUUUGGAAGAUUGGACAUUGUUGUCAACAAUGCUGGCAUCAACAAUGAGAAGGACUGGGAGAAGACUAUCGAUGUAAAUCUGACAUCAGUCAUCAAGGGAACUUACCUGGCCCUGGAUCAUAUGAGCAAAGAGUAUGGAAAAGAAGGAGGAGUCAUCAUCAAUGUCUCAUCCAUGGCAGCUUUCCUUCAUUCCCCCUACCAGCCAGUGUACACGGCCACAAAGCACGGGGUGAUAGGCUUCUCCAGAGCCAUAGCGGAUGCAGCCGAGGUGGAGAACUAUGGUGUGAGGAUCAACACGCUGUGCCCUGCCUUCGUGGACACCCCACUCCUGCGCUCCGUGGAACACGAGGACAACAUGGGCAAGUUUGACAAGUUCAAGGACGACUUAAAGAGGAGCGUGCACAAGUUCGGGGUGCUUCAACCGUCGCUGAUCGCAGAGGGAGUGUUGCGCCUGAUAACUGAUACCGGUCUAAACGGCGCCGUGAUGAAGAUCACCUGCUCUAAAGGGAUCCACUUCCACACCUACGAGCCCCUGUCCGCUUGAGAGGAACAACACGGAAUACCGUCGGACUUCUGUCACCCACCCAGACAAAGGAACUUAAAGUGGUCGGAGUAUGGAGUCAUUCAGAAAGUAAACCCAUGUGUAUAUGGAAUUGGUUGAAAUGUAGGCCCAUUGAAUUAGGAAUUAGAAUAGUAAUUUAAUGGGACCUCUAUUUGUAUGCCUACAUUGGAUGUAACCAAGAUUCCAGUAGUCUUACUUAAUAGGUGUGAACAAAGGUAGACAAAGAGGGUUUAGUUUUUGGGUUUCUCUCAUCAUAGAAUCCUCCAGUUGAUUUGACUAGUAUGAGAGACUUGUUUCUCUCAUCAUAGAAUCCUCCAGUUGAUUUGACUACUAUGAGAGACUUGUUUUCCUCAUCAUAGAAUCCUCCAGUUGAUUUGACUAGUAUGAGAGACUUGUUUCCCUCAUCAUAUAAUCCUCCAGUUGAUUUGACUACUAUGAGAGACUUGUUUCCCUCAUCAUAUAAUCCUCCAGUUGAUUUGACUACUAUGAGAGACUUGUUUCCCUCAUCAUAUAAUCCUCCAGUUGAUUUGACUACUAUGAGAGACUUGUUUCCCUCAUCAUAUAAUCCUCCAGUUGAUUUGACUACUAUGAGAGACUUGUUUUCCUCAUCAUAGAAUCCUCCAGUUGAUUUGACUAGUAUGAGAGACUUGUUUCCCUCAUCAUAUAAUCCUCCAGUUGAUUUGACUACUAUGAGAGACUUGUUUCCCUCAUCAUAUAAUCCUCCAGUUGAUUUGACUACUAUGAGAGACUUGUUUUCCUCAUCAUAUAAUCCUCCAGUUGAUUUGACUACUAUGAGAGACUUGUUUCCCUCAUCAUAUAAUCCUCCAGUUGAUUUGACUACUAUGAGAGACUUGUUUUCCUCAUCAUAGAAUCCUCCAGUUGAUUUGACUACUAUGAGAGACUUGUUUCCCUCAUCAUAUAAUCCUCCAGUUGAUUUGACUAGUAUGAGAGACUUGGUACACAUUGACUGCUGUAUUUAUUUUAUUUAUUUAACGAGUCGGCUAAAGAAAAUCUUAUUACCCAAUUAUGAAAUGGACAUUUUAUCAAAAAGCACAAUAUGUGUUUACAAUUCUACCAAAUAACUGUACUUUAUUUAUGAUACAAUAGCAUACUUUAUUAUCAUAGAAUAUGUGAAAAUUGUAUUUUUGUUGGUUGUCAGACAAUAAACUUUGACACCUUU